UCUUAAGGUUUCAGCAAGGGGCGGCCAUGAAGUUCGUUGGCGUGGUUGGGAUUAUCCUGAGUCUCUCGGCGUUGACGUCAGCCCACGCCGUAGCUCACGGGCCUGACUACGUGGUUUGGGUCGCCGAGUGGGGCACCUGGAGCAAUUUCACCAUUUGUACUGCAAGUUGUGGAGGAGGAAUCAAGAUGCGAACGAGGGAGUGUAUUCUUAGGAAAGUCCACUAUCACACCCUACAUAGCGUUGGAAUGAGGCCCUCUUGUUGCGCCGGAGCGUCCGUUGAGAUCGUCCCCUGUAAUACGCAUCAGUGUGUCAUCGUCGGCGGAUGGUCCCCAUGGUCCAUCAACACCGGCUGUUGUAACGGGCUGAAGAUCAGACAUCGUACUUGUACCCACCCUCCCCCGGUCAACUCACCUGAGUGUGCAGGACACGCUGUGGACAGUGUUAUGUGUGGACCAGAGGAUAAAGAGAUCUGUGUGGCAUGUCCAAGAGACUGCCCAAGACCGUACAUGUUUCACCAUCACCACCACCACGGUCCAGAUGACGGCCAUGUCCACGAUCACGUGUUACACCGGAAGUAGUUCUUUCCUGGAUUGAAGCAGACGACAAAGACUUACGUUUACGUGAAAUUGAAAACGAAAUGAAAAAGAAAACCUAGGACAAUGCAUAUUGAGGAGACAAUAACAUCUAAUACAACAUUUUAUUUUCACUUUAAUUAUUCAAGAUUUAUCUUUGUUCUAUUAUAAAAACGUAAUCAAAAAUUUAAGUUUUCACCGUUCCAAACAAGGUUUGUAGGCCAAGUUAUAUACUAUUUUUAGGUGCAAAAAUUAAAAUUUUAUUUUUGUUAAGGUCCUUAUCAAAUUAGCAAAAUUCUGAAAAUAUAAAAUUACUAUGUUUUCUCUAAUGGUAUUUUCGCAACAGUGUCAAUUCUGGAUCCUUUUGAUCUUUUGUUUAGAACUGCAUACCUUUUGGUGAAGUAUUUAUAUUGCAUGACAAAUAUUUUUACUAGUAAUGAUCAUCUGAUGAGGUGUCUCAAGCACCAAAGCUGAAACUGCGGAGAUGAACACACAUACGUGCGCACGUACGUACACACGAACAAACAGAUUCACACACACUGGCAC